UUUCGAAGCGAGUUGGCAACGCCAACAUUGUGCAACGCGAAAACGGGAAGAGAAUAAAUACGUAUUUAAAUUGCAUUUAGUGGGAAAAAGCGGCGGAAACAAUGACGGUGAACAAGCGCGACGCGAGUGCCACGCGAUCGCGAUGCUUUUUCGACAUUUCGCUGGGCGGCCUGGGCGUGGGCCGCAUUGUUUUCGAGCUGUACGGCGAUGUGGCGCCGAAGACGGCCGAGAACUUCCGGGCCCUGUGCACGGGCGAAAAGGGUCUUGGCCUGGUCACCGGCAAGAAGCUCCACUACAAGGGGGUCAUCUUCCACCGGGUGGUCAAGGACUUCAUGGUCCAGGCGGGCGACUUCUCCGCGGGCAACGGCACCGGCGGCGAGUCCAUCUACGGCGGAACAUUUGAGGAUGAGUGCUUUGAGAAGAAGCACGAUCGUCCGUUCCUGUUGUCGAUGGCCAACCGGGGCAAGAACACCAAUGGCUCGCAGUUCUUUAUUACAACACAGCCUGCGCCACAUUUGGACAAUAUCCAUGUUGUAUUCGGCCAAGUUAUAUCCGGUCAGGAGUUGGUGCGACAAUUGGAGGACCUUCCCAUCGAUCGGAACUCGAGGCCGCUGCAGGAUGCGGCUAUAGCUAACUGCGGUGAACUGGUUAGACAGACCAAGGCCAAAAAGGAAAAGAAGCGAAAGAGGCGCUCCACGGUCACAGAUGACUCAAACAGCGAGGAAAGUGAGGCUGAGGUCAAGGCCGAGCGAAAGGAUAAAAAGAAAAAGCGCAACCGAAAGGAGUCGAAGGCCAGCGAUAGCGAAGACAAUGAUAAAAGACGCGGCAAUGGAAAGCAUGAUCAGAAUCCUCAGGAAGAUGACGGGGAUCGAGAAGAAGGCGAGCUCCAUCCAUUGGUCACAAUAACUAAGAUAGAUCCUAACGAGAUACCAGAGGUAUCAAACAAAUUCCUAAUGCGCGGUGAGAGAUCGCGCUCCCGAGAUCGUGAAGAUCGUGGAGGUCGGGGACAAGAUCGUGAUCGCGAUCGCGGUAAGGAUCAGGAUAGAGAUCGCAAUCGCAAUAACUUUGGUUGGUCAAAGAAACAGGCACCGCCCACAUCGCGCAGCGGACGCAUUGUCAAAGGUCGCGGCGUGUUUCGUUUCCGCACACCGUCGCGCAGCCGAUCGCGCAGCACUACGCCACCCCACUGGAAGCAUGCCCAGAAGCGCACCAUUAAGUUGUCUGACUUGGAGCGCAUUGAGGAGGAGAGCAAGAUGCGCGAGGAGGAGGUAAAGCGUCGCGAGCACGAGCGAAAACGUCGCCACGAAGAGGCCACCAAGAAUCCCAAGCAGUCCUUCUUUGAGCUAACCCAUGCCAGCACUUACGGCGGCAAAAUGACGCCAGAGAAAUUCUCACCGGAACACAAAAACAAGUCGAAGGAAACAUCAGAACGUGGCAAGCCUAAGGACAAGGAGAAGGAGAAAGCCAGCGAAAAGGAAGUGACUCCUCUCAAGCGCCGCAAAUCGAUGGACAUGAACGCUUUGGACUACGAGCAGCAGACAGAAACCGAGUCUGAGGACGAGGAACUACAGGUGAAACCACCCACCAAGCAGGAGAGCAAAGUAGAGCCAUCGACUAGCAGGGAUCGAAAUUCAAAACGCGACGAUCGCAAACCCGAUGAAAAAGCCAAACUUAAGCGCAGUCGCUCUCGCAGUCGCCAUUCUCCUCGUCGCCAGCAGCGCUCGCCUGCCAGGCGUCCUGGACAAAACUCCAACCAGAAUCAGAAUCAAAAUCAGUUCAACCGCGGCAAUCGCCGGAAUCCGUUUGCGGACAGAGAUCGACGCCGCCGUUCGCGCUCGCAGGAUAACGAAUACCGGAAUCGUUUUCCCUUGUCACCAAUCAGGGGCAGGGGCUCUCCCGCUGGAGAUCGCCGCCGUCAACAGCGAUCCCGCAGUCAGGGACGCAGACAGGAUUCGCCUAAUCACAAGCGUCAGGUGUCGCCGGGCAGGAAACAUCAGGAGUCGCAAAGCAGGAGACGUCAGGACUCGCCGGAAAGAAGGCGGCAAGAUUCGCCCCCACGUAAGCGACGGGAUUCGGUGGAAAGAAAGCGGGAAGACUCGAAAGAAAGGAAGCGAGAGGCUUUUUCAAAUAAAAAGCGUGACGAUUCACGCGAAAGGAGCCGCGACGAUUCAGCUGGUAGGAAGCGCAAGGAUUCUGGCAAUAAAAAAAGAGAAGAUUCAGAUGGCAAAAAGCCACAGGAAUUAGCCAGAACAGAGCGUGAUGAUUCUCCAAGUCGAAAGCGAGAGGAUAGUCCAAGCCGAAAGCGUAAGGACUCUGACAAAAAGCGACAGGACUCUCCUGUGAAAAGACAAGAUUCGCCAGGCAGAAAGCGUCAGGACUCACAAGACAAAAACCGCCAUGAUUCUCCUGCAAAAAAACUAGAUUUACCGGGCAGAAAGCGACAGGAUUCCGUCGACAGAGUGCAACAGGAUUCCCUGGCCAAAAGACAAGACUCACCAGGCAGGCGGCGUAAGGACUCGCCUGAAAGAAAACGCAAGGAAACACCAGAUAGAAGGCGAAAGGAUUCACCUGCUAGAAGGCGCCAGGAGUCAUCUGGAAGAAGGCGACAGGAGUCGGAUGGUAGAAGACGUCGCGAGUCCCCCGGAAACAGACGCAGCCGCAGCCGCGGACGCCGGCACAGCUCAUCGCGCAGUCGCAGUCCCUCAAACAGUCGCUCCCGCCGCCGCCGCUCACGCAGUCCGCUGCCCAAGCUCACCUCCGCUCUGCCCAUGGACGAGGAACGCGAGAAGGCGGCCCGUGAGAAGAUGCAGAAGCGUGCGGAGGCCGCCAUGCUAAUGAAGGAGCACAUGCGCAAUGAGAUUGCCAAAGAGGAGGAACGGCGGUUGGAGAAACAGCGCCAGGACGACAUGGAAAAGGAGCGUACCACCCGUGAGCUCAACGAACUGGAGCGUCUGAAGGCCGAGACCCUCAAAAAGCUGCAGGACGAGGAACGAGUUGGAUCGGUGGGAGCGGGAAUCGAUACAGCAGCCGAAAGCGAGGCCAAAACCGAGGCAACCGCCACCCGCAACAAACGGGAGUCCAGCACGGAGGAUCGACAUCGCGACAAGAAGCGCAAGCAUAAAAAAUCAAAGAAGUCCUCGGCUCGCUCCGAUUCCGAUUAAUCAAACUAAUCCAAUCCUAGACAGUAGUUGAGUCCCAAACAGCGGCUAACCGUAUUUUUGUUCCACCAAUUUAGACUUUCACACAAAAUGGCCAUUGUAUAAAUCGCGACCCCACUUUUUUGUAACAAAGUCCGUUUAAUAAAGGUAAACGUCACUGUAA